AUGGCUCACUUUGUCCCUUGUCAUAAAACCGAGGAUGCUGCGAAGGUGGCGAAAUUAUAUUUUGAUGGGGUUGUUCGUUUCCAUGGAAUCCCACGCACCAUUGUUUCAGAUCGAGAUCCAAAGUUCCAAAGUCAUUUUUGGAAGUCCUUGUGGCGUCUUAUGGGAACCAAGUUGUUGUUUUCAACCUCACAUCACCCCCAAAUCGAUGGCCAAACCGAGGUGGUGAAUAGGGUACUAGCGUUGCCUCGAGACAAGUUCGUGCAUGGAGGUGCCAAGGAACAAGCCGAGUUCAUGGUGAAAAUCCACAAGGAAGUAAGGAAGAACAUCGAAAAGGCUAAUGAAAUCUAUAAGAAGCAAGCCAACAAGAGAGUAAAAAACGUGAGAAGUUUUGAAGUUGGUGACUUAGUGUGGAUUUACAUGAGGAAGGAAAGGUUUCCCAAUCAAAGGAAGAACAAGCUCAUGCCACGAGCCGAGGGUCCUUUUGAGAUAGUGGAAAAGAUCAAUGACAAUGCCUACAAGAAAUCCUUGGAGAGGUAUUUCGAUUAUAAGGACAUUCAAGAGGAGUUCCAAAAAUACAAGAUAGCCAAGGUGAAGUUAAAAGGCUAUGGAGAUAACUGGCUACAAGGAGAGCAAAGGGGACGUACUCUUAGGGGUAAGGCAUCCAUUUCUACUUGGAGCAAGUUAAAGAAAAGGAUGAGGGAUCGCUUUAUUCCUCACAAUUUCAAACAAAGCCAAUAUGUGAAGUGGAGCACUUUGCAACAAAAUGGAGAAUCGGUUGAGGACUACAUCAAAGAGUUUGACAGACUUUCUAUCGUGUGUGAAAUCACGGAGAAUGAAGAACUCAAGAUGGGACGUUUCGUGGCUGGGAAGAAGAAAAAGCCGAUUGUCACCCCUCAAGUGGCACGAAGACCAACCUUCCCUGUCAAGGAUGGUUCUUCUUUUGUCAAAGCCAACGAUCCACCUAAGAAGGACAAGAAAGAUUUCAAAAUGAGUGACAUUGUUUGUUACAAGUGCGGAGGAAGGGGCCAUUUUAAUAAGGAUUGUCCAAAUUCCAGAGCUUUGACCAUGCAAGAGGUAAAGCUUAUUGCUAAUCAAACUAUCAAUUGGGAGGAUUUCGAGGUUGAAGAAGUGGAGGACGUGAAUUCUAAUGAAGGGGACGAGGAGGAAGAGCAAUGUUUCCCCGAAGAAGAGACCAAAACAAAUCUGGUUGUGAGAAGGGCGUUGCAAGCUCGUGUUGACGAACCCUUGGCACCGCAAAGGCAACAUAUUUUCAUUACCAAGUGCAAGAUUAAAGGCGAGGUAUGUGAUUUAAUUGUUGAUGGUGGUAGUGAGGCAAACACAGUUUCCAAAACCAUGAUAGCUAGACUUGGUCUUACAACCACAAAUCACCCACAUCCUUAUAAGUUGAGUUGGUUGGACUCUAAUUCGAGUACGGGGGUUAGGAAACAAUGCAUGGUUAAUUUUUCUAUUGGGUCUUAUCAUGAUACUCAACUGUGUGAUGUUGUGUCUAUGGAUGCUUGUCACAUUUUGCUUGGUAGACCUUGGCAAACUGAUCGAAAAUCUCAACAUGAUGGGUACCAUAACACUUACACUAUAACUCACCAAGGAAAACAAAAAAAAUUGCACCCUUUACCACCCCCAUGGUUUUCACAAAAUCCUAAACAAUCAAAGGAGGUGUCAUUGCUUACCCUUAAGGAAUUUGAAAGGGAAAUUAAUGCUCAGUUGAUUAAGGAUUUUGAGGAUGUUUUUCCCGAUGAGUUACCGAAAGAGUUACCACCUUUGAGGGGAAUUGAACAUCAAAUUGACCUCAUUACGGGUGCUUCUUUGCCUAACAAACCUGCCUAUAGGUGUAAUCCCUUGGAAACUAAGGAAUUGCAACGACAAAUUGAGGAGUUGAUGAGUAUGGGGUAUGUACGUGAGUCUAUGAGUCCGUGUGCUGUGCCUGCUCUUUUGGUCCCAAAAAAGGAUGGUACAUGGCGCAUGUGUAUUGAUAGUAGGGUUGUUAACAAUAUUACUAUCAAGUAUAGGUUUCCAAUUCCAAGACUAGAUGACAUGCUUGAUGAACUGAGUGGUUCGAAGUGGUUUUCAAAAGUGGAUUUGAGGAGUGGUUACCAUCAAAUUCGGAUGAGGAAAGGAGAUGAAUGGAAGACCGCUUUCAAAACCAAGCACGGCUUGUAUGAGUGGCUCGUGAUGCCAUUUGGACUCACCAACGCACCUAGCACUUUCAUGAGGUUGAUGAACGAGGUGUUGCGGCCUUUCCUUGGGAAAUUCGUGGUGGUGUACCUUGAUGAUAUUCUUAUUUAUAGCAAAGAUGGGGAUGAACAUUUGAUACAUUUAUUUAAAGUUUUACGGUUUUGA